GCGAUGGCGACAGGAGGCACGCUGAACUAUCAGCGCUCUCGAUAGGCUGAGGCCGGCGUAUCGCCGAGACAGCGGCGCAACCGGAACCGCCAUCUACCCGAGCCUGCUGCCGCUUUCACACGGCUUGUCAAGGUUACCUUGGGAGCGGCGUUUUUUUCAGGAGCCCGCUUCUAUCCCGCAGCGGCAGCGACGGCGAAAGGACGCAAGCUGAACUACUCGCUACAGGCUUUGCAGAUUUCCAAGAAUGCCGGACACCACGUACCACAUGUGCGGAUUUGCGAGCGGUCUCAACUGGCGGCCCGUCAAAUUCAUGCAGCGCCUGGAGACCACCAGAGUCUGCCGCCUUUGCGGAGUCGUGCCGCAAAGCAUAGCCGUGCUGCCUUGUGCGCACUUGAUGUGUGGCUCUUGCUUGGACGGAUGCGCCAGUGAAGGUGGCCACGCGUGUCCACUGGACAAGAUCUCGUUCGUAGCCGAGUCGGACGUCUCUUGGAUAACGUUUCACCAGAAGCACAUGGAAAAGCUACAGGUAAGCUGCUGGAACACCCACAACGGUUGCGACUUUGUGGGCCCAGCCGGGGAGCUGCUGGAUCAUUUUGAGAAGCGCUGUUCCUUCCACGCCACGAGGUGCCCUCGCUGCCGGGACGCAGUGCUGCGUAAGGACUUGCCGAGACACUACGAAGCUGGAUGCAACGGGGUCGCGUCGCUGCAGCUGAGCGUUGCCUGGCACGUAUCCUCAAUCGACGUGGCCACACCAAAUGCUAACGACGAGCCGGCGGUCGACUGCUCUUGCCACGACAUGCUGACGUCCAUCCAAGGCAGGGUCAACGACCUUGCCGAGACCCUGUCGAGACUCAGCUCCAGACAACUUCAAGAGGAAGUGAUUGAGACGGACUCGACCACCACCCGGGGCGCAGCGAGAGGACAGGCCACGGAUACUGUGCAUGACCUAACGCCGCUGCCGGUAACCGCGGAUCUCCGGGCUCUCGUGUCAGCGCUGAACGAGAUGAAGGUCGUCAUCGCUGAGGGAUUCCGGAAACUGGAACGAAAAGUGCGGAUGGAGGAUCUCCCGGCUGGCACGUCGCCAAUGCAGCACUCACAGGCUGCCGUCACCAGCCGGCCGGCAGAGGGUGCACAGCUUCCCCCGUCUGUACUCCUCGAAAUGCCGGGCAGUAGUGCAGGACACCACAACUUCCAGAGCAAUGACGCUGCUACAGAACUCAUUGUGGUUAGCUUGCUGUACAAGCCUUGUGAGGUGGCGCAGCAGCUCAGUAAAGGCAGGUUGUUCUCUUCUGCUAUCUGCCUGGGCAAAGAGUACACCGGUGUGAGCGUGAGGUGCUACAUGCGAGGGAACGCGAGCUUCGUCGCAGUCGUAGUUGCGGUUAGCAAGCCCGAGAACUGGAAAGUGCGCGUCGUCCGGCCCUUGCGCGUUGAAGAUUUGAGUUCGCCGUACUUGAGGAUGUGGAUGCCUGCAGAAGUGUCAGAAGUGCCGUACGGCUUCCGGGACGUACUCUCUGAACCUCCGGAAACCAAAUUGUGGUGCCUUCUUGACACGAUCACCCUAGCUAGAAAAAUGAUACCACACGGAGGAUUUCAAAUAGACUUUUCGGUGGAACUGGAACGGUGCGUUUCCCUGUGACAUGAGAGAGUGCGAAACGCUGAGCAUUCUUAAAUAUAGGUUUGGUGUUCGCGCGAAAGCAACCGUUCCACUCGAUCGGCAGUUAUUCCUUCUGGGAAUGCAAACGCACUGUUAAAUGAAAAGUCAUAUUGCAAUGAUAAGAAAUGUUUGACACCAACACUGCAAGUUUGCAGGAAGUUGAAGAAAAAUCCCGGACCAGGAUGAAUUCUUCUUUACUUGAGAAGCUUUCUUUCUGACAAAGCCCUAUGGGCCGCGCGCGCCUUUGUAGCUUCAUGCUAUGACAUAGGCGGACGUCAAUUUCUCGCUUUCGUAAUCUUACCUCCACCUUGAGAGCUUCCGCAGGACUGAUUGACCUCAUUCAGUGGCCCAGUGCUUAGAGUUGUCGGUUAUUUCGCCCUCGGUCUGCGAUCUGCUAGCCUCCUGCUUAGCGCAGAUGGUAGAGUGACUGCCCGGGAAAGGCGUGGGUCAUGGAUUCGUAUACCUAGCAAAGACGAAUUUUUUUGUGUCAACUGCGUAGUUUCCUUUCUGAGAAACCCGUGUGGGUGUUUUUUGUAGCUUCAUGCGACAAGACGGCCAGAUGUCAUUUCUUCCCUUUCAGUCUAUCAUCGCAAUCAUCAUCAUGAUAAUCAUCAGCCUAUCUUUAAGUCCACUAUAGAACGGAAACAUCUCCCCGAGAUCUCCAGUUACCCUUGCUUUGCGCUAGCGACUCCAACUCGCUUCCGCAGAUGUCCUAAUUUCAUCACGCCACCUAAUUUUCUGUCGCCCCCGAGUACGAUUCCCUUCCCUUGGCACCCAUUCUAUAACUCUUAUGGUCCAGCGGUUAUCUAACCUUCAAAUUACAUGGCCUGCCCAGCUCCGCUUUUUUCUCUUCGUGUGAACUAUAUUAGCCACUACCCCAGUUUACUCUCUGAUCCACACCACUAUCUUACUGUCUCUUAAUGUUAUCCCUAACGCUUUUAGUUCUAAUGCUCUUUGCGCGGUCCUUAACUUGUUCUCGAGCUUCUUUGUUAGCUUGUAAGUUUCCGCCCCAUAUGUUAGCAUCGCUAGAAUGCAAUAAUAAUUUCAUGACUAUUGCAUGAUUAUGGCAAUGACAACACGUGUAGAAUCGGUCUCGUGCGCAAGCGGAGCGAAGCGGGGUGCGACUGCCUCUCUGAUCUGGAGAUCACGAGAGCCAGCGCGAGGGUGUCGUGUGGGUGCGAUUAACAGCUGCCGCCGCUGACAGACCCUGGGGCCAUCUCGUACUCAUCAUCGCCGCACUACGCGUUUCUUCUCACGCUUUCGCCAUGCCGUCCUCCACAUCCCGCCUCAAGGUUCCACUUUCCGCCUCGCCGUUCCACUGCAGCCCACUCUAGGCCUUCUUCGCGCUUUCAUCCGCCGCUGCGCCCGUUCCCUCGGUUGCGCCUAUAGGACUACACCGACUCCCUCCGCAAGAACGGCCGCCUAGGAGCUGCGCUCUAAAGAAAGCCAAAAUAUCGCAGUAUAGACCGAGCAUAGCACAGGGCGGCGAAAUCGGAUGAACGCGCCUGUCAACAGUAAUGAGUGGCUGAAAGUGCGCAUUGUACAAUUCAAUUAUGCUUCGGGCACGCGCUACGCUUCGUUUGACGCCAACGCAGUCUAUGCAUGUUAAAGACAUCUGAACGAGUUUCGUUGGCUUGGGACGGCCAUGAGUGAAUCUCAUGGCAGCUAAAAACAAGGCAUCAUGCAGUUACGUUUACCUUUUCCGACAAGAGGAACGUAGAUGUUGCGCAGUUUGAAUAGCAAGCAAGAUAUGUGUAGUGCAGCAUACAGGUGAGACUUGUCUUGCCCCACUAGAGCGCAUAGGGAAGGAUGUCAAUUGUGGCAUAAAGUCGACUGUCUUCCUGUUGUUGCAGAUAAGGCAUGUGCUAACUUAGCCGGAAUAGCAAAACGUUUAACAGGAAUAGCGCGAGAUUUACCAUGGAAAAUAUAAGGCUUAGAAGCUUCUUAAAACCUGUUUUACUUGGAUUAUCUUGUAGGUUCUUAUGAUUCAUUGCAAAUGCUUAGCUUCACUCAUAUUAUUAUAAAAUGUGAAGACGCCAAAUAAACCGACACACACAAAAGAAGAGAGCGGGACGUUCUCUUCUCUUGUGUGUGUCUGUUUAUUUGGCGUCUUCAAAUUUUAUAAUGAAUAGCUACCAACUAGCCCAACAAGAAGUGCUUUUGUGCACUCAUAUUACUUGUGCAAAAGGCUAUUGUUAUAGCAACAGACAUAUUUAUAUUGAUGGACUUAUUUUACAGCAGAGUUAUUCAGCGCAGUUCUAUAACACAUUUUACAUCGUUACUGUAAAAGCUGAAGCCAGAUUUUUUUUUCUUGUCGCGGAGGAUUCUAAUGUGUCAGUAAAGGACGUAAAGUGUGGAAUGUGGGCUUCUUUACACUGCACCCAUUCAUUAUAUUCUACCGGCUGGAAAAAGUGUUGCCAUAACGACCUUUUCUAGCAAUAUUAGUAAGGAAACUGUAUAUUUUUGUUCGCACUAGAAUCGAAUUGCAUUGCAAAUACAUUAACAGGGCAGCUUUUAUGUGUCUCUCAAUGUAGAAUCAAUUAGGCAUCGCAAAUCUUCUUGAACACAGAAACUGUCUUAAAAUACUGUUUUCAGUAUUCAAGAAGUUUUGCAAUGCUAGAGAUAAAUGAAGUGACGAGAUUCAUUCAAAGAAAAAAAAAAAGCCGCAAUGUUGGUCGGAAGGUGAAGCAUGAUUAACUGGGAUAGCAAACUAUUAGACAACUAUACGAAUUAUUAAAACUAGUAGUUUUCCCGGCCGCACACAUUGCUGUAAACAUUCGCUUACUAAUUGAAUUGACGAGCUUAGUGCCGCGCCUGCACGGGGGAACAUUACCACAUCUCGCAUCGAUGACCGCGGACAAUCGUUAUCAGGGCGCUGACGCGAUGAAGAGGCGGCAGCAGCGGCGAGCGAAGUGCCCUUCCUGCGGCCUCUCGCUUCAACGCAAACCAGUCGCGCCAGAAGCACGGCGUAGGGUGCGUAGCCGGACAGGCGGCUCUUACCUUCAACGCAUGCAACGGGCCUUCGCUAGUGCUUCCCCUCUCCUAUUGCAAACGCUGCUGGCUCGACGACGGCGCGCUCACACAACGCCGAAAUCCGAUAAUAAAUAGCCCGCUUGCGAAGCGGAUGUUACGUGGUAUAAGGGAACCGAAUAGCACAGGGCCAGACAGGAAUAAAGCAUCGCGUCAGCCUGAUUGCAAAAGCACGCAGUGCAUCGCCCAGUUCACUUUAUUAUUAGUGUUGUAAACUUCAUAUCUUUCACCUGAUAGCGACGUGCCUCGAGCGGCCUUUACGCUAUGAAAUUGUCGCGGUACGCUAUGUCAUUUGGCCCGCCGUGGUUGCUCAGUGGUUAUGGUGUUGGGCUGCUGAGCACGGGGUCGCGGGAUCGAAUCCCGGCCACGGCGGCCGCAUUUCGAUGGCGGCGAAAUGCGAAAAUACCCGUCUACUUAGAUUUAGGCGCAUCUUAAAGAACCCCAGGUGGUCUAAAUUUCCGGAGUCCCCAACUACGGCAUGCCUCAUAAUCAGAAAGUGGUUUUGGCACGUUAGGCCCCAUACUUUUUUUUUAAAGUCAUUUGAGUCGCGGUUUGAGUCUUCCGCUGGCGCACGUUGUUUUCCUCUGUUUCGUCGCGCAUAUAACGGCUUUAGGGUCUGUAAUAUCAUUCGAUGGUGCACUUGCGAGAUCACAAACUGCGGUGCGGUAGGACAAACGAAACGAAAAUUUUCAUUUUCUUUAGUUGAGCGUAAAUGUUCUCACGAGCUUCUCUCAUGUUCCUAAAGACAUAGCUCCGAAAUGGGGCGCAGAUGUCGGCUGAGUUUGCUGUCAUAUGACUUUUGUAGUCCUGUUUUUCUUUUUCAAACAUUGUUCCCGGUGACUUUACCGACCAUUCGUUUUUUUUUGUUUUUUUUCGUAUGUGAUCAUUGGAACAUGCCAUGUAGUGCAGAAGAUCACGCCAAAGCCAAAACUUCCCCAGUUGUACGUUUGAUAUGCUAAAUGCGUUAACAGGUUGUCGCGAGGAGAUAUUAAGAACUUCAAGUGAAUAGUUUGACGUGGUAUAAAUAUAACCAGCGUGCGCCGUGAACGCAUUGCAAUUCGUUUAGUUGUUUCUGAGCGGGAACUUUUAUCCAAGAUGAUCCUCGCAAACGAACGUCUAUACGUGAGCAUCUGCAGCGCGUGUUGAGCAAACGGCAUAUGUUCACGCCUAUUUGUCAACAAGCGGCGCAUAUGGCGAAAAACUGUAUAGCAGGAGCUGAAGCAGACUACGUGCGAGCACUCUCGACGACUGCGGUUGGUGACGCUAGAGGGAAGGAAACUAAUCUAGCGACUGGUGUGUAGCCACUCGCAUUGUCACCAUCUGCACUAGUGGUGAAACUGUCUCCUUUUCACAUCAACAACGGAACGCUGUUAUUAAAUCAGUCGGCUGUUCUGUGUA